AUGGAAGACAACGGGAUCAUGGUGAAGCUUGGCGAGGUUUUUACCCCUGUUGAUGAGGAUUCUGUGCUGGAGAAGCUUGCGAACCUCAUCGAGAAGUCUGAGGCCGCAUUGUCCCAAAAGUCGGACGAGAUCGAGACUGUGCGGGGUGAGCUGGACUCUUUGAAGAAGGUGCUUUAUGCCAAAUUCGGGACCAGCAUCAACCUGGAAAAGUGA